AAUCAGCGCGCGGGGCGAGACGGGAGGCUGGGCGGGGCUCGGGCUCUGACUCCAGCUGCUGCGGCCGCAGGUUCCAGAGCGGGUCUGAGCCGCGGCGGGCGUACAGCACUCUGCAGCCCCAGGCCCCGGCCCCCUACCCGCGUCCGCGUUGCUGCCCCGCCUCGGCCGGGCCCUAAAGGCAAGGACAAAGCAGCUGCCCGGGAAGCUCCGCAGGAAUCGAAUUUACGUGCAGCUGCCGGCAAUCACAGGCUCCAAGAUGGUUUGCGGGGGUUUCGCGUGUUCCAAGAACUGCCUGUGCGCCCUCAACCUGCUUUACACCUUGGUUAGUCUGUUGCUGAUUGGAAUUGCUGCAUGGGGCAUUGGCUUCGGGCUGAUUUCCAGUCUCCGGGUGGUUGGCGUGGUCAUUGCCGUGGGCAUCUUCUUGUUCCUGAUUGCAUUGGUGGGGCUGAUUGGAGCAGUAAAACACCAUCAGGUGUUGCUAUUUUUUUAUAUGAUUAUUCUCUUACUUGUAUUUAUUGUUCAGUUUUCUGUAUCUUGUGCUUGUUUAGCCCUGAACCAGGAGCAACAGGGUCAGCUUCUGGAGGUUGGUUGGAAUAAUACAGCAAGUGCUCGAAAUGAUAUCCAGAGAAAUUUAAACUGCUGUGGGUUCCGAAGUUUUAACCCAAAUGACACCUGUCUGGCUAGCUGUGUUAAAAGUGGCCACCCGUGCUCACCGUGUGCUCCAAUAAUAGGAGAAUAUGCUGGAGAGGUUUUGAGAUUCGUUGGUGGCAUCGGCCUCUUCUUCAGUUUUACAGAGGUAAGUGGAAAGGAGAAGUGA